UGCAAUAUUGUGUUGGUUUCAGCCGUAUCUCAGCAUGAAUUGGCCGUAGGUACAACCCCCUCCCACCUCCAGCCCCAGCUCACCCUCUAGGUUGUCACAAGGCAUGCGGUAUUCUACCUUCAACAUUUCAGGAUGUGUUUGCUCAGCCAUGGGCCAUAUCCUGAAAGUAUGUGGCUGUCUCCCCAAAAUGCAGUUGAAGAGCUGACCAAAGACACGUGACUAAUCAAGGCAGAUCUGAAGGCUGAUGGAUCAAGCGGCCAGAAGCAGACGGAUGGACGGGGAGAACUUGGACAUGCCUCCCAGGGCAUUUUGGCUGUAGACAGAGUGUCCAUCCUCACAACGGGCCACCGGACAAAGCGGACUUGAGCUGGAAAGCCGUUGACCUAUAUUGAAGAUGGUGAAAGCAAUAAUAACUGUAUGUAUCAAUAUAACUUGAUCUUUUAAAGACCGAAUGAAUUUGGAGGGAGGAAAACGCCUUUGCUCAGGCAGGGGUGUGAAAACCUUAGGAACACGGUGAAGAGCCGGGGAGAGGGCCCAACCACAGCACGCUCCCUUUAAGAGGGAAGCAAGAGGAGCGGCCUUGGCAAAUCUUCGGCUUCUAUUCAGAAAGAGAAGAGCUUCCAGUGUCAGAGAAAAAAAGGAAAGAAAGACAGUAGAAGAAAAAAAAAGGAUGGAUGUUUUGAAACAAAGGCAGGAGCAAUUUUAUACUUUAUUGAAAGCUUACCUGGGAGUGGUUUUAACUUCUCCAGGGUUAAGAAAGAUUUUUUUUUUUUUUCUCCUCUCAAAACUAGAGGAGGAGCUAGGGUAAAGGAGUUGAGUCUGAAAAGGCAUCCUUGUCAGUUCUGUUCUGUCCUGGGAAGUACACAAGGAAGAAACACCUCCGUGGAAGAGACAGGAGGCUGCAUAUACAGAAGGCAAGGGACCGUCUAUGAUACAAGCUGUAUAUUUGAAGUGAAAAAACCCAAGCUCGCAAAUAGCCGCGCUCCUAGGACCCUUGCUUCCCCAGCGGUGGCCUGGAUACACCCUCAAGGGCACUGGAGAGCAUGAGCUACUACGGCAGCAGCUACCCCAUCGUCAGCGUGGACCCCAAGUGCCCGGGGUACACCCCGGAGCACCUUCUGGCCGAGAAGCGCGGAGCGAGGAGGCGCCUGCUGCACAAGGACGGCAGCUGCAACGUGUACUUCAGGCACAUUUCCGGGGAGUGGGGCAGCUACGUGGCGGAUAUCUUCACCACGCUCGUGGACACCAAGUGGCGCCACAUGUUCGUGAUCUUCUCGCUGUCCUACGUCCUCUCCUGGCUGACCUUCGGCUUGGUCUUCUGGCUCAUAGCCGUCCAGCACGGCGACCUGCAGGACGGCGGCCCGGACGCCACGCCUUGCGUGGACAACGUCCGCUCCUUCACCGCGGCGUUCCUCUUCUCCCUGGAGACCCAGACCACCAUCGGCUACGGCUACCGCUGCGUCACCGAGGAGUGCCCGCUGGCCGUGCUCGCGGUCAUCCUGCAGUCCGUCCUCAGCUGCGUCAUCAACACCUUCAUCAUCGGGGCGGCCCUGGCCAAGAUGGCCACGGCCCGGAAGCGGGCGCAGACCAUCCGGUUCAGCUACUUCGCGCUGGUGGGCAUGCGGGACGGCAAGCUCUGCCUCACGUGGCGCAUCGGGGACUUCCGCCCCAACCACGUGGUGGAGGGCACGGUCCGCGCGCAGCUGCUGCGCUACGCGGAGGACGGCGAGGGGCGCGUGACCAUGCUCUUCAAGGACCUGAGGCUGCUCAACGACCAGAUCAUCCUCGUCUCCCCCGUGACCGUCGUGCACGAGAUCGACCGCGACAGCCCCCUCUACGCGCUCGACCGGAAGGCCGUGGCCAGGGAUAACUUUGAGAUCCUGGUGACGUUCAUCUACACCGGGGACUCCACCGGGACGUCCCACCAGUCCCGGAGCUCGUACGUCCCCCGGGAGAUCCUCUGGGGCCACAGGUUUCACGACGUCCUGGAAGUGAAGAGGAAGUACUACAAAGUGAACUGCCUGCAGUUCGAGGGCAGCGUGGAGGUCUACGCCCCCUUCUGCAGCGCCAAGCAGCUCGACUGGAAAGACCAACAGCUCCACGGCGCGGAGAAGGCCCCGCCCGUGCGAGCAUCUGCCCCGCGCGACGCCGAGGUCAGAAGAAGGUCGUUCAGCGCCGUGGCCAUCGUCAGCAGCUCGGAAAACCCAGAGGAGACCACCCCCUCUGCCCCCGAGGAAUGUAAGGAAGCCCCGUACCAGAAGGCCCUGCUGACUUUAAAUAGGAUUUCCGUGGAAUCCCAAAUGUAGUCCUGAAUCUUAACUGUGACGGCUGCCUACCACCCAGCGUUUCUUUCUCUCUAACCAAUCACCAUAAGGCAAGUAGUUAUAUAUAAACAGAGCUUUUGAAGAAUGUGACACCUAUCUUUGAUGGUGAUGAAAGAUAAAUAGAGCAGGUUAAGCUUGAUAAAAGAUAUCUAAACAUUACAUUAUAUACAAUUGUUUAAUUUUUUUUUUUUUUUUUGGCUAGCAACUAUUGUAUUUAGGGAGGCUACCAAGAAGCCUAAUUGAUUAAUUUAAAUUUCAUCUCUUUUAAUUAUUCCAUACACUUGUAUUAUCAGUUGGAAGUAUAAUAUUUCAGUAAUAAGGAACAAAGAUAGGCUAUGAGGACAAAUAAUAAUAGAGAAUAGAAAGGAAAAUAGCACGGACGAUAAAAUGUUAAACAUAUCCAAAUUGAUAGUGUAAUGAGCUGCCUAUAAAAACCUUAUGUCUUACAAUCAAGAUGUGCAAGGAGCGCCUUCAGAAACUUGUGGUGUUGAGCUGUUUCACUAUGAACUCACCCGACCCGUCUGAGCCGUCGUGUUUACCCCUCCCAGGGUCUUGGUAUCAGCUGGCAGAGAAUGUGUCUGUAAGAAGUAACCUAUCACCAAAUUCUGACCGGCCUAUGUGCCACUUGCCAGGGAAUGAUCAAAGAGGGCUAGCAGUUACUAUUUAUCUCAUCCGGAAGGCAGAAGAAACAUUGGCAUUACUUUUCAGGGAGAGAUUUCUCUCUCAAACGCCCUGGGUGAUUGACUCUAAGGAGUGGCUGUACGUGGAAGAGCAGACGUAAGGCAACCACGAGUCUUGUCAGGUCGGUGACGAGGGGGCUUCUUCCACCCACCUGCACCCACCUUCUCUGAGGACAGGAGGACAGACUGGGAUCGCAGAGGUGGGGUGAAGAGUUGGAGAGCCAUAAACAGUCUCAGACUCUCCGAGAGAAAGCAUGUCCCUGUAUCUUGAAAGACUGGAGCUCUGGUUACACAUGGGAUAGGGCCUUUUUUAUUUUUAUUUUUUGGGCAGUUGGGUGGGGCGUUAGGAGGUGGAGAGACUGUGAGGAGAUAAGUCUUUAUUUUUGCCUACGAGCAAUUAUGUAUAUUUUCUAUCUCGGUCACUUUAGAAAACAGAAACAACUUAAACUCUGGAUUUUAAGAAACCCUUCCUUGGAACUUGGAACCAUCAUUUAAAUGAAGGAUUUUGUGAAAUAUAAUUAAGGUGAAUCACCUUAAUUUUGAAUGCACAUUUUGAAGCAGAUCAGCUAAGUGCUUCGGAAUUGCUUAAAUUGUAGGGCAGGAGAUAAAUGUGUACAUUCUAUUUCCAUGUUAAGAGAUGUUGAUCAUGAUUACUUUAAACACAAACCUGAUCACCUAGGAAUGAAGAGUCACUCUAAGCUUUAUCAACUGAAGAAUUAUCAGCUACCUUCAGAAUUAUCUGUGUGAUUUUUUUCCAUUGUUGCUGAGCUGACAUUAAAUAUAUGCCACAGUUCUCUUUUUGUUUAUUUUAUAUAAAUAUAAAUAUGUAUACACAUAGUUUUUGCUUUUUUUCUGGAAAAUUCCCCCCUCUCUUUAAAUUAAAGCGCAUAAGUAAAUUUUA